AUGAUAACCUACUAUGACGUUGCUACGCGGUUAGCACCACUCGUCAUUCCGAGACUAUUGGUUGACAGUGCUAAAAGCGUGCACUUAGUGCUGUAUAAAGAGUGUUUCGAAACAAUGGGAUGGCAGCGGGUCAGCAAAGGCCGGCGCUUAGAGGCCAGUUUGCAGACAUGCACAAGAAGCGCAGUUGGAAACUUGUCCUGA